ACAUGGGAGUACAGAGAAGGGAAUUCAACCAAUCAGGUGCCAGUUUAGCGAUGCUCUGUCAAAGAUGUUCACCGUCAAAACAAGAUUGUUUUAUCCAGGUAGUGCGUCAGAUCAAUUUACGACUGCACAGAAAUGUAAACCAUUUUGGUAAGGUUUAUAUUAUAUUGGUCGUGGUACUAGAAGUGAGUUGAUUUAUAGUUUAUACUGACUGUACACCAUAUUUUGCUGUGUAGUAACGUUAUCUCGAAAUCGCCAUUUUAACUUGGUUGUGCGGCCGCUGUCAGGUAGCUAGCUCAGCUGGAACUGUGACGUUAGUUAGCUAACCGCUGGGUAACGUUAGCUCACUAUUUCAGACGUUGACAAAGCUAGUACUACGAGUUUUCAAAAUAGCAUGCUACUAUAAUUGUCUAACAUGCUUAGUUACCAUACGUGAUUGGCAGUUCGUUGUAGCUAGCCUGUUUCAAGUUACAAAGUAAGCUAACUAGGCUAGUUGGCGGAACCAAUCAGCUUAACAACACUAACGCUACUGGCUAACGUUAGCUAUAGGACGUUAUUUACAACAACCAAACUGGACAAAACGUUGGAUUUGGUCGGGUUUAAGUCGGGCUCAGCGGGUUCGCUGACCCCACAGAAGAAGAUGAAGAAGAGGAAGGAGCUUAAUGCAUUGAUCGGACUUGGGGACAGUAAAAGGAAGAAAACCAAGAAGGGGUCCGGCCACAGGCUCCUACGAACCGAGCCCCCAGACUCAGAAUCCGAAUCAAGUUCAGAUGAAGAGGAAUUCAGCAACCUUGGUACUGUCGCUGCUUUCGGGAAAAUAAGUUACGUGCAGUGUUGCAAUGUCUGCUAUCCCUUGAUCCUGUUCAUCAUACUGGCUGCCUGUGUUAUGGCUUGUGCCGGGCUGCUAUGGAUGCAGAUUGCUCUGAAAGAAGACCUUGACUCCCUCAAAGAAAAGCUGCAUACUAUGGAAUCCAGCCAGAAAGUGUCAUCACAUGAAAUACCAAAACUAAGUGAAGAUCUGAAGAUGAAACAGAGAAAGCUGGAGGAUAUUGAAAGUGGAGACAAGGGUCUGAACAAACUGUGGUCCAACCUUACGGAGAUGAACAGAAAGAUCAGUUUGCUGGACUCUGCAGUGAACCACCUAAAGGCCAACAUCAAAUCAGCCUCAGACUUGAUCAACCUUCCAACUACAGUUGAAGAGCUCCAAAAGAGUGUAGCUACAAUCGGCAGCACGUUAACCAGUGUGCAACAUGAUGUCCAGACAAUGCAGACAACCCUUGCGGACCAGAAGAAAGAAAUGGAUGAUCUAAAGAUGACUAUGGACGUUACUCACCUGAGAGAGGUUGUGAGCGAGGUUAACACGACCCAGACACUGUACCACGCAUGGACCGGUGACCAGAUCCACAGUCUCCACACCUCUGUGUCCAACCUCACUCAGAGGGUGUCUUUUAUAGAGCAGGGCUCUGCCCAAACAACACCAUUCAGUGACCUUGUGGAGGUCGUUGAACCAGUGCCCGUCAGUGGAGGUGCAACUGUACCAGUAAAGGACCCAGUUACAGAGAGAGACACCAAUGCAGAUGGAAUUAACGCAGCAACUUCAGAAGCUACACAUGGUUCAAAGCCAACAAGACGUCCACGGUUUUUGACGUCAAAUCGCUCCAAGAGAGAGUCUGGAAUAGAAAACCUUAAAACUGUGUCAUUUCCUGGAGUUAACUCUUUGAAAGAUCUCAAUGAGCUCUUUGAGCACACAGGGACCGACCCCACCUCUCAGGGAAUGUCUUACCAAGUCCUGAGGAAACUCUUUGACACCGCAACACCAGACCACCGUAGCCUGGAACGCUACGACAAAGACGGGGACCAGAGGUUCUCACUGGCUGAACUGAAAGCUGCUGCAGGUCUGUGAGAAGAAGUGGCUGAGGCUGCAGAGCACAGUAUUGAACACGGAGAGGUCGUCUCUGUUUGUGUAUGUGGAGUGCCCCACAGUAAUGGCUGCACUUUUAUUGAACUGAGUAUUUAAUAACAAGCUGAAUGUGGAACAGUGGCACUGGCAUGCUCCCCUACACACUUAAGCUACAGUCAGCUACCCAGAUACAAGGUUUCUUUCUUAUUAUUUGUCAAAACAGUUUACAAAAUGUACAUUUCCGAAAUCACAUUUUUUGAUUGAUGACAAGUGAAGUUGAUGUGAGAUGAAUGGUUGAAUAGGGACAUCAUGACUUAACCAAAAUAUAACUUAUCAGAAUCUAGUACCUACCACAAACUUUCCCAUUUAGGUAAGUUCAGUUAGUCUUUGCUUAUUGCUUGUUUUGUUUAAUGUCUUGAGUUAUUUUCUGCAUUUUAAUGUAACACCGAGACGAAACGUAUCCUUAACCCAUUAUUUUUAUUAAGUCUGCAAGAUUCUAAGGGCUAUAAACAUGCUCUUUUAACUAGUUAGUCACCUUGAAAUAUUAACUCCUGAAGCAUAUGUAGAAAUAAUACAAUGUUAAUGAAUUCAUACAAGUGGAGUGUUAGCUUCAAUUUGCUGUAUAUUAGUGUUGUGUGUAGUACAGAUGAGGAGACAGAAGUAGGCACCCCUGGUUGUGAUAAUGUAACAGGUAGUUAUAGAAGCUGAUCUCUCUCAACUUAACCUUGUUCUUUUGUGUGGGCCGUUACAUUCUAAAAUGCAAAUGUACAAAUCAGGACAUGUCAACUCACUCAACAACACUGCUGUAUUAUGUAAAUAUGGUAGACUUUUUAAUAUGGCAUCCUGUAAGAUUGACCUGUUUGGGGGGGGGAGGGGGCUGCAUAGAGGUCUGUAGAAAAUCCUCAGCAUUGUACUUUAAUGGAAAUUAUUGUAUUAAGUUGUGCUUUGCAUGUUGCUAAUAAUAUAACUGUCUAAUGUAUCGAUUUUAACAUAGAGGACUGUUUGAGGGUAAUUUGGCUCUGCAGGAUAAUCGGGUGGAGUUCUGGAACAAAAAAUUAGGGCAAACAGAUUUAGAAUUGCUAUUUUGGUUUCCGACAAAGCUAUGUGCUUUGAGGAUACUGUGGGAAUUUUAUGAACGCGUUGUGUGAGCACUAAUUAAAGUGAAAACGUGGAUUACAAGGA